AAAGGGCAAUGUUUGUUAUUGUAAACAGUAACACGUGACCACAGCCAUGGUAACGGCAAAAGCAACCCGAUGUUGGCUGUCAUGCCUCGCAAAUCUCCACCCACCAAUCCUCCUUCCACACAACCAGCCCUGUGUGAUUGGGCGCUCCAGGGAAACCAAGAUAAGAGACACGCGCUGCUCUAAGUCCCAGGUGGAGCUGUUGGCUGACUAUACAUCCUAUAUCGUCACUGCACGACAGCUUGGGGCAAACAGCAGCUCAGUGAAUGGUCAGAAAGUGUUGUAUGGGUCAUCGGCUCAGCUACAACACGGUGACAUCAUUGAAGUACUCGCUGGAGGGUACGAGCACAGGGUAGACUUUGACCCUCCCCCAACCAGUACCAAUACAGUGAACAGCACCACCGAGCCAGAGCAAGACACAGCCAUGCCACGAGGACAGAAGAAGAGAACCAUUGACGAUCACUUCUCCAAUCCAAAGAAAGCAAAACAGGAGGGACCAGUGAGUGGUGGCUGGGAAAAGUCCAUUGAUGGGGAUUUGUUGGUAUAUCAGAAAAAUAUGACCGGUAGUGAAAAGAUUGCAGGUUAUGAUAUGGAUGGAACCUUGAUUGCCACCCAGUCAGGCAAGGUCUUUGCUACAAGUUAUGAUGAUUGGAAGAUCUUAUAUAGUGAAAUUCCUGGCAAACUCAAGAAACUCCAUGAAUCUGGCUAUAAAAUUAUUAUUUUCACAAAUCAGGCUGGCAUUGGUACUGGAAAGCACACAGCAGAAGGGAUUCAGAAGAAGAUAGAGUCUAUCAUUCAGAAGUUAGGAGUUCCCAUCCAAGUAUUCAUAUCUACAGGGAAGGGAGAGUACAGGAAACCAGCAAUUGGGAUGUGGAAUUUUUUCCUGAAUGAGGCCAAUGGAGGAGUUGAGGUAGACCUUGACAAAAGCAUCUUUGUUGGAGAUGCUGCUGGCAGGCCAGCUGAAGGGAAAAAGAAGAAGGAUUUUUCCUUCUCAGACCGCCUCUUUGCCCUCAAUGUUGGAUUAAAGUUUUACACACCAGAGGAACAUUUCUUAGAUGCAAAGACUCAAGCCUUCAACAUGCCUGAGUUUGACCCUCGAAAAGUAGAUGCCUCACUCCCUCUUUAUGAUCCAUCAAUGACCAAAGUUCCUGGACACAAGUUAGAGAUGAUUGUAUUGGUUGGGUUUCCUGGGUCAGGGAAAAGUUUCUUCUGCUCCACACACUUAGCACCUCUUGGCUAUGUUGUAGCCAACAGGGACACAAUUGGUUCAUGGCAAAAGUGUGUGUCUGUGAUGGAGCAGUCCCUGAAGGAUGGGAAGCAUGUGGUGAUAGACAACACCAACCCUGACCUUGAGUCCCGCAAGCGCUACAUAGAAGCUGCCAAGAAGUGUGGCGCUACAGUGCGGUGUUUCAUCUUUGCCACGUCCAAAGAUCAUGCUCGACACAACAAUAAGUUUCGGGAAUUUAGUGAGGAAGACCAUUCAAAAGUUAGCGACAUGGUCUUCAAUAUGUACAAGUCGAAGUAUGUGGAACCAACUCUGAAAGAAGGAUUUCAUGAUAUUGUGAAGGUGAACUUCAUCCCUCAUUUCAAGAACCAAAGUGAUGAGAAGAUGUAUAAAAUGUUCCUACUGGAAAAAUAGCACAUGUGUAGCCAGACCAUAGGAAACCUUGUUAUAGCCAUAGUAAGGAAUAAGAAGAUCUAUGCUUAGCUAGAUGCUAUAAUGAAAAGGAAUACAGGUAACUUUCAUUUUAUGCGAGUUUGUUUUAUACAUUUUUGAAAUUGCACAAGAUCCAAAAUCCAAACAAAUGUUUCAUCCACAAUUUUUUUUACUUAUAUGCAAUAUUUAAUUGAGAGGCCACCAGAUGUCUCACACGAGUUCCCGCAUGCCACUCAAACAACAAGUCAGUAGCCACAUUGUUGUGCUACCUAACAACAGCACUAACACCUUUCUUCUGUACAGUAUUGUUAAGCCAGAAGGAUCUUGAAUCUUGGAGAUUUGACAGGAGUUGCAUUACCUGGAGGGAAGGGGGUGGGCAAUCUUGUUGCAGCCUGCUCAGGUGGGCAGAACCUAAUAUAGCCUAUCCUCUAUGGUUUAAUCUUCUAAGUAUUGUCUAUUGUAGUAUUGUGGCUCUUAUGUGAUGUGACCGAGAUGAUUGAGAUUCUGUAAUGUAGUAGAAUUAUGUUGCUGUAACAGAUAUUGUACAAAAGGAAGACUGACCAAACACAUAGUCAGUCUCAACAUAGUAUUAGCGUGUAACAAUGAAGUGGGAAGUAAGACGAGGAACAGUGUGUUAGUGAGAAGAUGUGUGACAAGUGCAGAAUCAGUGUUGGACUCGUUGCUGUUGUAUUCACUUGGACAAGGAAUUAAACUCCACAAGUUUU